AUUAGUCACGCGUGUAUCCGGCACGGGCUGGUCGCGCAACUCGCGCUGCUGUUCUAUACGAACUAUAUCUCGAAAAAUAAAAUCGACAAAACAAACAGCAUAAUUACGACUCUAUGUCUUAUCAUAAUUGCAAUAUUUGCGGUAAAAAUAUAUUUAUUUACUAAACGUUAAUAUCUUUGUGAUAAGUGUCGUCUUAAUAGUUGGAUUCGCAAACGGUACAUGAUUUGUUUUUUUAAUUUACUGAAGGAAAAGAUUUAUUUAAAGGUGACGAGUUGCCCUUCGAUGUAAUGUGACUAAUUGAUUUUAUAGGAAAACGAAAUAAUCAAUAAUAAUUCUUGAGAAUUUAAGAAGUUAAGUGGGUCGUUGUUGUCAAAAGGUGACUGGUGUUCGUAAAUAUUGAUGUAAUAAACUACAUUAUCACUGAGAGUUAAGACUCUCGGACCAGAGAAUUAAAUAAGGCAAAGGUAUUGAUCUGAAAUCAAAACAAACCAGUAAAAUGAAUACACGAACGUGCUUACUAUUUUGUUUGUGGGCGAGCCUGUUUGUUACGUGCUUGGGACAACGCGCGGAGCAGUUGCUUGCCCAAAACCCUUGCUCCAGCAAAACGACAUGCAGCGACUGUGCACGGACGCCGUCCUGUGCUUGGUGUUUCGCCCCCGAGUUCAAUGGACCCCGCUGUUUCAAUCCCGCCAUGGAGGGCGGCACCGGGGGCUGCGAUGAAGCGUACAUAUUCAAUCCAGACAAUCAGCAGUCUAUAGAUCCGAUCUACAACCGCGAACUAACAAGAGCGAAAGGUCGAAUGGGAGUAGGUAUGGAGUCUUCAUAUUACGAGGAAUCAAUGAGUAGUAGCAGUAGUAGCAGCAGCAGUGGUGGCAGUAAGGGUGGCGGGUACAUGGCAGCCGGCGCCGGCGGCGAGAACUUGGUUCAAAUUAAGCCACAAAGAGUGAAGCUACAACUGCGAAUGAAUCAGAUGCAAAAGAUGACGUUCUCGUACGCACAAGCGCAAGACUACCCGGUGGAUCUCUACUACCUCAUGGACUUGAGUAGAUCAAUGAAGAACGACAAAGAGAAGCUCAGUAUGCUCGGUAGUUUACUUUCGAGUACCAUGAGAAACAUCACUUCGAACUUCCGCAUCGGUUUUGGAUCGUUCGUUGACAAACUGGUCAUGCCAUAUGUUUCGACGGUACCUAAAAAUCUCAUAUCACCUUGCGACGGCUGCGCGGCGCCCUACGGGUACAAGAAUCAAAUGUCUCUCAGCAACGACACGGACUUUUUCGAUAAAGCAGUGGCCCGCGCCGACGUGUCGGGUAACCUGGACGCGCCCGAGGGAGGCUUCGACGCCAUCAUGCAAGCCGUUGUGUGCAAGGACGAGAUCGGCUGGAGGGAACACGCCAGGAAGCUUCUCGUGUUCUCCACCGACGCGGGAUUCCAUUACGCCGGUGACGGAAAGUUAGGAGGUAUUGUGCAACCAAAUGACGGAGAAUGCCACAUGGAAAACAACUCAUAUACCCACUCCACGACGCAAGACUAUCCCAGUAUAUCACAAAUUAAUCUCAAGGUAAAACAACACGCGAUAAACGUGAUAUUCGCGGUGACGUCGGAGCAGAUCAGUGUGUACGAGCAGCUCAGCAAACACAUCGAGGGGUCCAGCUCCGGCAUCCUCAGCGAGGACUCCGACAACGUCGUGGACCUCGUGCGCGAGCAGUACAACAAAAUUACCUCAACUGUUGAAAUGAAAGACACUUCCAGUGAUGCAGUGCAGAUAUUGUACUACUCUUCGUGCCUAGGAAGUAAGGACAAUAUGGUGCAGACCAGCAAAUGCGACGGACUCAAAGUUGGUGAUGUCGUUGAAUUCUCAGCUGAAAUCACACUCAAAGAAUGUCCCAAGGACCCGAGCAAGUGGAAGCAGAGUUUCAGUAUCUAUCCAGUCGGUGUGUCGGAGAGUCUGAAUGUGGAAUUGGAAAUGCUCUGCGACUGUCCUUGCGAACAUCCCGGACAUCAUGCGUACAACGACAGCCCGCUGGUGUGCAGCGGCGAGGGCACGUCGGCGUGCGGCGUGUGCGUGUGCAAGGCGGGCCGCUUCGGCAAGAGCUGCGAGUGCUCCGCGCACGGCGGCGUGUCGCUGGAGCAGGAGCGCGGCUGCCGCCCCACCAACGCCUCCAGCGGCCCGCUCUGCUCCAACCGCGGCACCUGCAUCUGCGGCGUCUGCGAGUGCAACAAGAUGGACGACCCGCUCAAGGUGAUCUCCGGGCCGUUCUGCGAGUGCGACAACUUCACGUGCGACAUGAACAAGGGGCUGCUGUGCUCGGGGCCGGAGCACGGCGAGUGUGUGUGCGGCAAGUGCAGCUGUCGGCCGGAGUACAGCGGGCCCGCCUGCCAGUGCCUCAAGGACCAGACGCCUUGCACAUCGCGAGAAAACGGAAAAAUAUGCAGUGGAAAUGGGAAAUGUGUGUGCGGCCAGUGCGUGUGUAACGUAGACGACGACCGACACUACUCCGGAAAAUACUGUGAUAAAUGCCCGACGUGCCCCGGCAAGUGCGAGGACUUCAAGGAGUGCGUGCUGUGCGAGGUGCACAAGCGCGGGCCCGCCUACAACCCCGACGAGCCGGCGCGCGACUGCGGGGACUGCAACCUCUUCCCGGAGGUCGUCGAGGGGAAAAUCGAAGCAAACGAAACAUUGAACGAACAUUUGUGCAGUUUUUACGACGACGAAGACUGCCUUUACGUAUACGUGUACUCCUACAACGAAACCCAACAUCUUCACAUCCGAGCGCAAAAGGAACACGAAUGUCCGAGAAAGGUAUUCAUUCUCGGUAUAGUGCUUGGUGUGAUCGCCGCCAUUGUACUGGUAGGUUUGGCUCUGCUAAUGUUGUGGAAGAUGGUGACAACUAUACACGACCGUCGCGAGUUUGCACGCUUUGAAAAAGAGCGAAUGAUGGCCAAGUGGGACACGGGCGAGAAUCCUAUUUACAAGCAAGCUACAUCCACAUUCAAAAAUCCAACUUACGCCGGUAAAUAAUAAUCUGAAUAAAGAGAUCUGUAUAGGUGCUUACAAGUGUUUAUCAAGCUAUCAACACGUUAGAGAAAAAUCAUAAAAUAAUGCAUUGGACUAUAAUCUAAAAUUCAGUAUUCGCUAUAGUACAUUAGACAUUUUUAGAUGAUGUUUUUGACGUAUACGUUAUAGAAGCUUAUGUAGAAGAUAUGAAGCCUUAGUACGUGCCUUUGAAAUGAAAUAUUUUUUUAAAUCGCUAAGCUAUAUGGAAUAUACCGUAUCUCUUAUACAUUUUCAACAUCGUUUGUAUAAUAUAUUGUAAAAUGCAUUUUU